AAGCUGACUAACAGUAGAAAUGUUAAACCAAAUUAUAGGCCUGAUUGUUGUGUUUGAAUGUUAUCUGCCUAUUUCCUGUAAGGUUUUUGCAUUGUGAGAAACACACAUUUUAUGUAUUGAGCCAUUCAUUCAAACACAGAAUUGAAAGUGUGUUCUUGUCUUUCACAAAAUGGGAUGAGCACAAUGAAGCCUGUUUAGGUUUCAUCUUAGCUGUUCGAAGGCCUAGUAAUCUGACGCCUUAUGUAGUAUGUAGUAGACCUGUAUGUGGAUGUACUCUGUAAAGCAAGGUACAGGGGAACAUAAAUUACACUAUAUCAUACUCGUCAAACUAACUAUAGUGCUGUCCAUGAGGCUGAAGGACCGACCUCUUACUGAGAUGUCCACCGAUCUCCACCUAAUAGUUUUAAACAGAUCUGGGAAACCUGAAUGAUUUCUGACAAAGCAGCAUAUUUUUGUGUUAGAGAAAAAUAUAUAUAUUCAAAAAAAUAUAUUAAAAAAGAGAGUCGUUGUGUGCUCUGAAAAUAGCUGUGGUGAAAAUAGCGUGCUGUGCCUGCUGUAACGCACAUAGUGUAUUAAUACGAAAUGUCAUCAGUUUUGCUCAGACAGCUGUGAUUAACAUGGGCCCAUGGACAGGCUGUGUGGUUUCAGCAGCCACACAAGUGGUAGAGAAGGAUGCAGGGGACUCAAAUUAUAACCCCAUGCAAGCAAGGCAAACUGAAAAGCCACGUAAACCAAAAUCCAACAAAGUACACCAACAUCAAAUGCAGAGGUCUACCAAAUUAAGAUUGUUAUACUGCAACCAGUAAGUCAAACUGAUUGUUUGCCUUUGUUAAUGUUGAUUAUUAAACAAAGAACGCAUUGUAUUUGGUGCUACGUAGCACAUCAAAACAUUAUCAGAUAAGGUUAUAACAAUUCACAGAAAAUCCAACAUAGUCUUUGAUAGAGAUAAAGGAGAGGAAAAACAAUAGAAUACAUGGACAUCUAUAAUAAAAACAAAUUUGACUACAGGGUUUUUGGUUGUAUGUUAUAUUAAGCUUUGAACAACCAAGGGAAUAUAAUAAUCCUUCCCGAAAUUAUUUUCAGUGUGAUUUGAAUCUUACUAUCUACAGUAUUUCAAGUACCUGGUCAUUAUCAGACUGAUGCACUCUUCCGCUGUCCAAAAUCUACAAAAGCCUGUCAGUGGAGGCUUGGCUUGUGUCCUCACUUCUCUUCAAGUUAAAACAGAGAUGUUGUGUCAGGGAGAGAUACCUGAGACAGAUAGGGCUGGUUUCCCAGACACUGCCUAGUCUUGGAUAAAAAAGCAUUCUCAUACUGUGUCCUGUAAGCCAGACCAUAGGGUCAGGGUAGUCAGGGUAAGAGGGUAAUCUGAGUCUAGUAGCAGAGCUACUGUACACUGUACCCAUUGUGAGGAAGAAUAUUUUGGUGAGAAAAACACAUUUGGUCAGAAAAUAUUAUAUUUACGAUUUCUCAAGAAUCCCCCCACCAACACUACUAUUGUCACAGGAGGUGUUUUAUCUCCUCUCCCUUAAUCUCCACAGCUGUUGCAGGAUUGCAAAAAGGAAGUGGCAUGAUUUUAUCUGUCCAGCUAAUCUACACACAGAUAAAACAGUUGUUUGGAUAGAAAUGCAGCAGAAUUCAUUGAUGUAUGUGAGUCAUUAUUUCAUUGAUAUGGCUACAACUCAAGCUACUGGUUUGUUUUUUAAUUGACAUAUGUACACCACUACGUUUAUUUGAAGGGAUAGCAUAGUAUAGGGAAUAACAGGGGUACAAGUGCCGAACCUUGCUGAACACCAAAUCCAAUGUACACACUGAUACUGGUCUGAGAAGUAGGAAUUAAACCAGUUUAAAAUGUGAAAUGACAAUGUUUAGUUAUCUGGCAUUGAAACAUGGUAAACAGGUUUAAUAUUAGAUUUGUAAUAUUCAUCUAGAUUUCCAUAGUGUAUGCAAGGUAUAUGAAUAUGAAUACCUGCACUUUAGCCACAAAAGAAACAACAUUUUUUUUAAAUUUGGUUGGCGAAAUUUGGUCACAAUGAGAUACAAAGAUGCUACCCACUGACAGAUGAUGCUAUGCUAAAAGACUUGACGGUUGAGACAGGCCUUGAAAUGAUUGGCUGGUUUGGGAGGCGACGCAAUUGAGCCUUAAUAAAUGUGAGAUGUUAGAAUUUCCCCCUGACAAAUCACCAAUGACCAGGAACCUCCACCAGACACACUGAGAUACACCCACAAAGAUAUACAGAAGUCAAAAUAUCAGGUUCCCUUUUCAUUUUCAGUCAUUGAGUAGGGCUAAUUUAUUUGAUUUUAUUAGACAAAAUUUGAGUCCCAGAGAGUAGCUUGACUUACAAGUGGAUAAAGUUGUGUAGGCAGAGGGAGACAUUUUGGGUUUCGUUUGGUGAGAGGAAAUUUGGUAAACGUUGUGCAAUGGUGCGGGAAAAGAUUUGAAAGAGUGUGAGAAACAAUUGAAGCUAAGUGCCUGAAGUAGGUCGGUUCAAGAAGAAGCCUUCAUGUUGCAUCCGUACAGAAUGGAGGGGUACCUCAUCUCGCCUGGUCCUCCAUCAGAAGACAUGUACGAACCCGACAUCUAUAGACAACAGAUGUCAGAAUAUUCAUAUCCCUAUGUCAUUGAUGCAGAGAGUCAAGGAGAUCACUGGGACUAUCACACCACUCAUCAUGCCCAUCCUCUGGACUUUGACAACCUCCCAGGGGGCCACUUCACUGAGCUCCAGAGUGUCCAGCAACUACAUCUACCCAGUAUGGCUCGUUACAGCGAUGUUGACACUCUCUCUCUGGACCCUGGCCUUGGGGGACACAACCAUGCCCUACCCCCACCGGUGCCAUAUUACCCUCGUGCCAUGGGCUACUUGCACACCUCUCCUCAGACGAUGAGGAGCUCAGACGACGAGGAGCCAGGAGGCCGCAGCCCUCCACUAGAAGUGUCUGAUGAGGAGUGUCUGAGGGACCACAUCGCCCACGUAACAAGGGGAGAAUUGGGCAACAAGAAGAAGAUCCGUCUGUACCAGUUCCUGCUGGAUCUGCUGAGGAAUGGGGAAAUGAAGGACAGUAUCUGGUGGGUGGACAGGGACAAGGGCACCUUCCAGUUCUCCUCGAAACACAAGGAGGCACUGGCACAUCGGUGGGGCGUACAGAAGGGCAACCGCAAGAAAAUGACCUACCAGAAGAUGGCACGGGCUCUUCGCAACUACGGCAAGACAGGCGAGGUCAAAAAGGUCAAGAAGAAGCUGACUUAUCAGUUCAGUGGUGAAGUGCUAGGGGGGAGGUCUCACUUGGAGAGGAGGCCAUAUUCCCAUUUGUAGAGGGAGAAACAUAGUGGAAGUCCUGAAGAAGGGUAGAGUGAGAGUGAGAGAGAGAGAGAGAGAGAGAGAGAGAGAGAGAGAGAGAUAGUUAACUGUAUAUAGUAUGCAAGAUGGUUAUCAAUGUAAUAAUUAUUGUUUGUGUUCAAAUCAACAAUAACUGUUUUUGCUGCUCUUGUAAAAAGCAUUUAUGUGAACGUCAAAGCCAGUGACUUAAUGGAAUCUGACAAUUAGCACAUUUUGACUCAAUGAUUGCACACACACAUCUGGACCUUUUACAUUCCAUUAGCACUUAGAAAUAGGGCUGUUUUAAAUGAUACUGUCAAUCAUUAUCACCAGAAUGCUUACAGGAGUGGUAAUACAGAUGACCACUAGAAGUCCUCAGAGAUCUCCUUUCUUCUACGCACUGUUGGACUCACUGACCAUUGUGCACAUUUGACAUCAAUUAGACUUGGAUGCAACGUUAACAAACAAAAAGACUGAUAAAGAACUCUUUAGCAUUAAUGACAUUGAUUUGAUACUCGGAAAUGCACUGACUUUGGAUAAGCAAUUGUGCCGGGGCGCCGCUCGAGAGGUCAAUUCAAAGAUGAAGCACAGACCCUUGCCUCCUCUGAGCGAAGGUGCAAUCUAUUCCUAGCCUAAGAAUACCAACACAGGGAUAUUUCUCCCAUGCUCUCAAUCAUAGACCCCUGUUUGAACUGUAUGAAAGUGUCUAUGACCAGUUGUUUUUCCGUACUCUGUGUGCUCUCUGUAUAACGCAUGCUGGCAUGUUUGGAUGUUGGCAUGACUCAGUUACAUAUCUGCAUGUGACGAACUCGAAAGCAUUUCUAUUUCUCACAUGUCAUGUGGUGUUAGUCGACUCAUCCUCGCAUUGUUCCAGCACAUCACAGACUGGCUUUAGCAAAUCCUCUGGGAAUCACAGCCAUCUACGCAGAACCCCAGUGGCCGAGCCAGAUAAUAUAUAGACAUGUGGGCAGCCAUGGAGACUACUGGGCCCGCUGGCAGCAGACAAGGACACCCCGUCCCCCACCAUCCACCCACCCCCAGCCCAGUUAUGUGGCAGCUGAAGCCUGUAGGUGUAAAUAAUUCUGGGUGCUGACACAGCUCUAUGAUGGGAGCACAGGGCACAGUCUGCAGUGAAAAGUGACACAAAGUGAGGUAUCCAGGGAGGACACCAUCAAGAGACGGAUAAUAGUUUUAAGUGUAUUUUCCCUACAGUUCCUCUGGGAUAAAUCAAUUAAUAAAUACAACUGAAAAGGAGACAUAAACGACAGGGAUAUAGUUAGAAUAAUUCAAUUGAAUAAUGCAAAAUCAUAGAAACAGUGAGGAUUGAUUUCAAUGAACCCUCCGCCAUUUAUUACUGACUGAGCAAUAAAACAAGGUUGAAAAUGAAAGCAUA